UGACAAUCAGUAGGGCUAUCACAAUGUGUUUGGAUCAGUAGCACUACCUACUCACUCAACUUCAAGUGACCUACAAGUUUGAGGUGUGUGACUUGGUGUUGCACAGAGGCUCUUGUUUACAAGUGUAGGUACUGGUUCAGGGGUUGUUUUUAGGCUUCAUGUCAGACAUCCUCCUUGGCACAUAAGUAGAACAACCACUAGAGGUCGCUGGGAGGGAAAUCACUGCGAAAUUGUAGGCUGUUAACAACUGUCAUGAACUCUUUGUGUAAAGCUCUCCCAAUAGCCUAUAGUUUGGUGUUGUCACUCACUUGUUCAGUCAUUCAAUUUUUCAUAGACUGGUCAACUGAGUUGGUUACAUCGAUAGUUUUCUUUGGCGAAGGGGAAUCCAUUCAAUGCUGUACUGUCCCUAAUAGGCUAUGUUAUUGACCACAACUGGAAUGAGCCAGCAUUUAUACUCCUGUUUAAGCGCAUGAGACAAUUGAACGCCAUUGGACACUCCAACCUAUAGCUUGCUUUGUAGUUAUUAAUAGGAGCUGGAAUAUCUCAUUGCCUAUUUCUGGGGUUGUUGUGCUCGAAAAGAAGCGCAGUUUACGCUUUGGGAACUCACUCCGCCUCUAACGGAAGGUUAUUUGCUUUGUCAGCUUAUGACUAACAUUACCACUAGGAGCCUAGCGCGUCAGACCUGGAUCUCGCACUUUAACCGGUGAAGGGACUCUUUAAUCGCUGCCUUUUUAUCGCCCCUUUGCACCAACCAGACGAUUCUUAUCCAGUGUCCUUCGGACUCUGAGCAAGGGCAUCUUGGGUUCGGUGUCCCCUCCCUCUGCAAGCGGUAAAGAUGACACUAAAGUCCAACAAAAAUGACCCCGCUGUCAUAUUCGAGCAGGUAAACAGCGUUCGAACAGCUCUGUCUGAUCUCUAUCUGGAACAACUGCUGCAGAAUAAGCCACGGACAGAGAAGGACACGAUGCAGACGCUUGAGGGGAAAGCGUUUGCCAAUGGCAGUGCGGCUUACCACAACGGGGGAGACUUUAACACGCGAGAAGUAUCUUUCCAGAAGAACCCCUCUGAGCCAAUGGGAGUGACUUUGAGGGUGAAUGAGAAGCAGAGAUGUACGGUGGCCAGAAUAUUGCGCGGCGGAAUGAUACACCGGCAAGGGUCGCUACACGAGGGCGAUGAAAUUGCCGAGAUUAAUGGAGAGAGCGUAGCCAACCAGACUGUUGACCAGCUACAGAAGAUUUUGAAAGACACAAAUGGAACUGUUAAGCUCAAGGUCAUUCAGAAACAGCCAAGCCGCUCCCUUCCCUGUGAGAUGUAUAUGAGGGCGCAGUUUGACUACGAUCCCUCCCAGGACGACCUCAUCCCGUGCAAGGAGGCGGGGCUUAAGUUCAAGACGGGCGACAUUAUCCACAUCGAGGACAAGAAGGACCCCAAUUGGUGGCAGGGCAGAGUGGAGAGCUCCGAGACCGACUACGCCGGACUCGUCCCCUCCCCCGAACUGCAGGAGUGGCGCGUCGCAAGCAAAAGCAAAAAAGACGGGGAGGGCAGCCAGAGCUGCAGCCCCUUUGGCAAGAAGAAGAAAUGUAAAGACAAGUACCUGGCCAAGCACAGCUCAGUUUUUGACCAGCUUGACGUCAUUUCCUAUGAGGAGGUGGUUCGUCUUCCAGCGUGCGCUAGAAAGACACUUAUUCUCAUAGGUGCUGCAGGUGUUGGUCGGAGUCACAUCAAAAGUUCAUUGCUGCUAAAAUAUCCAGACAAGUUUGCUUACCCAGCCCCACAUACAACUAGACCACCAAAGAAGGACGAGGAGAACGGGAAGGAGUACUUCUUCAUCUCCAGCGACGACAUGACCAAGUGCAUCGUGCAAAAUGAGCUGCUGGAGUACGGCAGCUUUCAGGGAAACAUGUACGGCACAAAGUUCGAGACCAUCCAGAAGAUCCACCAAGAAGGCAAAAUUGCACUCCUCGACGUCGAGCCACAGACUCUGAAACUUCUGAGAACUCCCGACAAUGCCCCUCUUGUGGUGUUCAUUGCACCAACUGACGUAAACCAGUCCGACGCUGUGAAAGCCAUCCAGAAGGAGUCGGACGACAUCCUGACUACCUACAAGCACUUCUUCGACCUGGUGCUGGUGAACAACGACGUGGACGAGAGCGUGAAGGCGGUGGAGGAAGCCAUCGAGUCAGCAAGCAACACCCCACAGUGGGUGCCUGUCUCCUGGGUGUACUGAGGCAGAGGCUGAGAGGGAGGGAGGGAUGGCGGGAGGGCUGUUGUUACUCCUCUUCUUCGGAGUCAGCAGAGCGUACUAUGUACCGUACUGUCCGUACCGUACCACACCACACCACACCACGCACCACCACAGCACAACAGACACCUGAUCUGAACUGUGUCUCAGACACACACACACAUGCGCACAGACACAUAUGCACAUGCACAUGCGCGGGCGCGCUCACGCGUACACACACACACACACACACACACACACACACACACACACACACACACACACACACACACACACACACACACACACACACACACACACACACACACACACACACACAAGCUACACGUCAUAAGCCAUAACUCAUCAAAGGUAGGCAUUCUGGAUUCGGAAAGUUAAAUGUCAUUGCCGCAGAUUUGCUCUGGUUAUUUAUUUCCCUCAACACACUGAUCUCUAUGAACUUCUAACAAAAAGGCUUCUCAGCAAGGUAAAUGAGCUGAUUGAUGAUUGGAAUGUGUCUCUGUCGAGACAACAGAUAGGAGAACGUGUGGCAAGACUUUUCCUUUCUCGAGUCCGCGUGUCUACCUUUGGAACCGAACACUCCUCGUUAGCACUCCUGGUGGUCGUCAAGACCGGUAUCAUUUUUCGGGAGGAGAAUUUGCCAAGCCAAACGUUAGCAUUGCGCUCACUCAAUAGCUCAAAGAGAUUAUACAACAAAAAUGUAAACAAUGUGCAGGGAAAUAAAAACUGUUAAGGCAGGAUACAGGAUACAUAUAUGGUAUAUCAUUUAGUUAUAUAACAUUACACAGCAAUAUACUAUAUAUAUAUGAAUUGUUUUUCUUUAUAUUUGCUAAGGAUUAUAGUAGCGUCCUUUUUGUUUGUUUGUUUGUUUUAAAUAAAAAAACAUUUAUUAAAGGUGGUGUAGCCAAGGGAAGAGAUACUAUGUCAGCACACUUGUAGCAAUUGUCACCAUGUCUGAAUGCCAUUUCUACAGCCAUGCCUUGUGUCUUCCCCAUCUGGCUCACUGUAAAACGUGCGAAUGCUCCCUUAUUGCUGGAAUGGAAUGGCCCUUAAAAGAUUAAACGUCUCUCUUCUUAUCUAAAACAGGACUUUGGA